AUGGCGGGUGCCAUGUGUGAGCCCAGACCCAUCACCCCCUCUAAGCUUGACCUGCUCUUUGCAGAGUUCUGGAGGAGAAUUGCUGAACGCCAGUACAGAAGAGAAUCACAAGUCCUGCAAGCACACUUAACCCGGCAGCUUUCACUGUACUCCCGGCGAAUGAAGGUAGAUCCAGGCAGCAGGCGAACCUGA